ACCUCAGAGCGGCGUUAUGGCCGCGACGCGGGUGCUGCUGCUCCUGUCCGGGCGUCCGGAGUCGGUGAGCUUCGCACAGAGUGUGUGUGGCCUCCUGGGCGCUGGAUCAGAGCUUGGGCCGUGGCCCACGUACUGCAGCCUGAAGCGAGGACAGCUCGUCCUCUCGGACAGGCCAUUCCCAGGCGCCUCGGCUAGGCUUCCGCUCCAGCGACCGGCUUUCUGCCCUUUUGCGGCCUUCAACCAGCAGCCCAAGGCCCCCGGGGCCCAGCUGCCCGCAGAUCGAGGUGUGGAUCUGGGCGUGGCCGUCAUUCUGCAGUCCAGUGACCAGACUGUUUUGUUAACCCGAAGGACUCGCACCCUCCGCAUUUCCCCCAAUCUCUGGGUACCCCCAGGUGGGCAUGUGGAACUCCAUGAGGAGCUGCUGGAUGGAGGGCUUCGAGAGCUUUGGGAGGAGACUGGACUACAGCUGCCCCAGGGCCAGUUUUCUUGGGUCCCUCUGGGGUUAUGGGAGUCUGCCUACCCUCCUAGACUGAGCUGGGGUUUCCCCAAAUACCAUCACGUUGUUCUGUAUCUACUUGUGAUCUCCCAGGAGUCACAGCAGCAGCUGCAGGCCCGGAUCCAACCAAACCCAAGUGAGGUGAGCGCCUGUAUGUGGCUGGGACCAGACGUAGCAGCUGCAGUGGCUGCCACAGAGGAUGGGACAGAGAUGCCCAGACUUUCCCCCCAGGACCUACCACCCUCUGUCCUUGCAAUGGAACUAGAGGAGGAUGGAAGAGCCCGACGACCUUUGGUCCUGCCCAUGUCCACACUGCUGCAGACUACCCCAACCACAGCAGAGGACAAAGAGAGGGUCAGCACUGGAACCAAGUUUGCCCUCAGGCUCUGGCUGCAGCAUCUGGGCAGGUAAAGGGUAACACCCCCAUCACGUGAAAGGGGAGCUUACAUGGACCCCAGACCAGCAAAGGAAGAACAGAACAUGGACCCUCUUCCCCCAAACCAGGGGUCUGGGAAAUGAAGUACAUAACCCCUUCCCUAGUCCACCUCCAUGACACAGAACAUUCACAAUCUUUAUUAUGGGUGAGAAC